CUCCCUGAGCCCGCAUUAUGUUUCCUUCAACAAAGUUUCUACCCACGUUACUUGAAGAAGCAAACACUCCUUAGUUUCCCUUCAGAAGCCUUCUCCUUCGUCCGCAUCUCUGUCAAACUCAUUCAUCACUGCAUGUUUUGGAGCUCUUUUGAACCUCAACAUUCGAAGUAAGCCAAACUAGAAUCUCCUUUUUAUUAUCUCAAAUUCCAUCUGCCUGGAUUUGUUGUUUGAUUCCUUUGUCAGUCUCUUCGAAUGGGACCCAUUAGAAAGUUCAAGAGGAGAAAGAAGGCGGAGAAGAAGGUUGACCAGAACGUUUUAGCAGCUGAUGCUUCGUUGCAGCAACCCCAGUUAGAACCCUUGGAUUGGUGGGAUGAUUUCUCUAACAGGAUUACAGGGCCCUUGUCUGAAUCAAAGAAUUCAAAGACAUUUGAAUCUAUUUUCAAAAUGUCAAGAAAGACGUUCAACUCUAUCUGUUCCCUUGUUAGGGAAGAUAUGAUGGCCAGGAACUCAAAUUUCAGCGAUUCAAGCGGGAGGCAUUUAUCUCUAAAUGACCAAGUAGCCAUUGCACUAAGGAGGCUUGGCUCUGGUGAGUCAUUAUCAACAGUAGGUGAGUCAUUUGGGCUGAAUCAAUCAACUGUUUCCCAAAUAACAUGGCGCUUUGUGGAAGCAAUGGAAGAAAGAGGGUUGCCCCAUCUCUGUUGGCCAUCAACAGAAGCAGAGAUGGGAGAGAUUAAGGCCAAGUUUGAGAAAAUAGGGGGUCUUCCCAAUUGCUGCGGUGCUAUUGACACCACUCAUGUUGUCAUGACUCUGCCUACAAUGGAUCCAUCAAAUGAUGUCUGGAUUGAUCGAGAGAAGAACUACAGUAUGAUCUUGCAGGUAGUUGUGGAUCCAAAGAUGAGAUUCCGUGACGUAAUUGCUGGAUGGCCUGGAAGUUUGAGUGAUGCCCUUGUGCUCAAAAGCUCGGGCUUCUUCAAACUUACUGAAGAGGGGAAGAGGCUAAAUGGUAAGAAGUUAGAGCUUGCAGAAGGAGCAGAAUUACGUGAAUAUAUAGUUGGGGACGCAGCAUUCCCCCUAUUACCUUGGCUUCUUACUCCAUAUCAAGGUAAAUCCCUCUCCGAUCUUCAAGCAGUGUUUAAUAAGCGGCAUUCUGCAACUCGAAAGGUGGCACAGAUGGCUCUGGCUCGGCUGAAGGAGAGGUGGAGGAUAAUUCGCGGAGUGAUGUGGAUGCCUGAUAAGAAUAGGUUGCCAAGGAUUGUUCUUGUAUGCUGCCUGCUGCACAAUAUUGUUAUCGACAUGGAGGAUGAGAUGCUGGAUGAGAUGCCAUUAUCUCAUCAGCAUGACUCGGACUAUCGCCAACAAAUCUGUGAAUCUGUCGACGACACUGCUUCUCUUAUGAGAGAGAAGCUUUCCCUCUACUUAUCAGGAAAAUUGCCACCUUGACAGGAACUUCUCUGUGUGGCUGAAUUCAUCUAUUGAGAAGCUGGUAUGCCUGUUUGCUUUGUCUUCACAGGAACAAUGGUGAAUCCUGUGACUGGGAAUCUUUUCGGUUGAUUGCUUUUAUAUCUAGUAAUAAAUUCAUAAUAUGCAAAAUAUAUAUAAAAAGUACUACUGUCUGUCAAGUACUGUUCUGGGUUGCCGUAGGUUCUCCGGCAAUUCGGAAAGCAAAAUGUGGAUCAAUUUUGAAUGGAAAAGUCAUUCAAAAACUUGGAUGCAAAAUGGAUUGCUGCAUAAAUAAUGUACUAGUCUUUUGGACA